AUGACCAGGCCGGGUGAGCAAAGAAGCGACUCCGAGGAUCGCCAGCAACAAGCCGUUCACCAUGCUAAAAUCCCGGUGCAGACGACCUUCGGCAAGCCGUCCAAGACUCCGGAAGCUAACACCUUCCUAUAUCCGUCGGGCCUCCCAAGCCACCCGGACGAAGCCGAAAAACCUGGGAAACACACUGGAACCGAGGGUCCCGGAGCAGUUCGAAGCUGCGGCCGCGCGGCAACGCAGGGGAGAGCUGCCACCAGACCUGCAGAACAAAAGAUGCUUCAUCGAUGCCGCGCACACAAGCUACGCUUCGCCACGUUCAAUCUUGCACAAAGCGGAGCGGGCGGGACCGACAAAAUCAACUCCAACGGAUACCGGCUCAACGAGAUCAUGGAUGCGGUCGGGCUGAUAAACUUCGAAGUCGUCGGCCUAGCUGAGACGCACACCAUGAAGUCCCAGCAGUACACGUGGCCGAAAGGGAAGCUCGCAGGCGCUGAAAUCCUACUCGUGAGCAGUGAUGCGGGGCAGAACAACAGCACCAUCGGCGGCGUGGGCUUCAUCGUACACAGCAGCAUCGCCUGCAGAGUCCACUCGGUCAACUUCCCUUCUAGUCGCAUCGGAAUACUGAAGCUGAAAGCGCCCGGCCAGCGAGUGCCGAUCAAGAUCGUGCAGGUGUACGCCCCGCACAGCGGAUACGCGGACGAAGACCACGACCAGUUCUACCUGGACCUGCAAGCUGCGUUGGCGGAACCGUCGUGCAGGACAAUCGUCAUGGGCGACUUCAACGCGCGAACCGGCACUGGCGAGUUCGGCGAGCAGUACGUGGGGAAAUUCAGUGCGGAGGAGCGAAAUGAGGCCGGACAGCGCAUGGUCACCUUUGCAGAAGCAAAUAAGCUGUACGUGACGAACACCUUCUACCAGAAGCCCAGAAAGAAGCGAUGGACCUGGCAGUCAGCAGACGGCGUUACGCGCUCAGAGCUCGACUACAUCCUCUGCGAUAACAAAAACUGCGUGCUAAACGUCGAGACGCUAGCGAGAUUCGAAGCCCGAAGCGACCACAAAAUCGUCCGAGCCACGCUGAACCUUGACCUGCCAAAGGUGAAGCGAGACAAAGCGCUGGCGGCAAAAAGAAAGCUACCGACAACGAUAUCGGACAGAUUACUGCAGAGGAAAAUCGCCGACGCUGACUGGAAAACGGAAUCCUGCCAACGCGUCAACGAGCAUUACAAGGCCCUGGAGAAUACGCUCCUCGAGUGCGUAAAGGAGUCGAAAGUCAAGCGGGCGGCAUGCCGGGAGCCAAGAAUAACGGAAGAAACUCGAGCGCUGAUGAGACGGUUGAAACAGCUGAAGCAGGACUCGAGUGAUCCGGACGCGUGCCGCAGACUGAGCCACCUCGUCAGAGAGCGCCUUGUGCAAGACUACAACGACUACCGAAACCGGAGGCUAGUCGAGACGGCUGAAGCCCGGCAAAGCCUGAAGAACUGCCGGAGAAACCUAGCGCAAACCAGGCAGAUUGCAGGAGCACUGCGCGACGAGGAAGGCGAGUUGCAGACAGAGCGAGAGGCCAUCGAAGAAGUGUGUCGCCGCUUCUAA